GGACCAACUGCACUUUUUGUCUGGUAAUAAUAGGAGGGGGUGCCAAAAAAAGCAGGCCUGUUUCUUUCUUGGGCAGCAGAAGUGCAUAUCUUGGUUUGUUGUUGCACCUGGGUGAUUGACACUUCUGGUUUCAACAUUGUCGACGUUCAACACACAGGAAGAUGGCAUCACUAGGCACCUCAGUCCUCAAACCAGCUCUCACCUCCUCCACCCCCGCCUCCAGCCGUCCCGGCACCAGCAGCGCAAACUCCUCCGCCCCAGAACUCACCACCACCAUCGAGAUCCUCCCCUCCAAGCCCGACUUUCCCCCGUUUGAUCCCAAGCCACCCAUGCAAAAUGACUUCAACCCCAAUCUUGAACCCCCACUCCCGUAUUACAUCUUUUCUCCCCGUCAAAAACUCGUGGUUACCCUCCUCGUCUCUUUCGCUGCCAUGUUCUCCACGCUCUCCUCGUUCAUUUACUACCCCGCUCUUGUCCCUUUGUCGGAAUCGUUUGGGGUUUCGCUGGGGUUGAUCCAACUGACAAUUACCUCCUAUCUCAUCAUCGCCGGCAUAGCGCCGGCAUUCAUGGGCGACAUGGCUGACCAGAGUGGACGAAGGCCGGUUUAUAUGCUCAUGUUCAGUCUCAUGAUAUCAGCCAACGUUGGGAUCUCGGUUGUGGAAAGGUGGGAGGGGUUGUUGGUUUUGAGGAUGGUGCAGAGUGCGGGAGGGAGUGGGCUUUACGGGGGCGGGUACGGGGUUAUUGCUGAUGUUGCGGUCGCGGAGGAGAGGGGGGGGUUGGUGGGGGUUUUGCUGUUGAUGACCGAUGUUGCUACCAGUCUCGGGCCGGUGGUUGGGGGUGGGUUGACCCAGGGGUUGGGGUGGAGGUGGAUUUUCUGGUUUUUGGUUAUCCUAACUGGAUCGUGGUUCAUUGUGAUUUUGAUAUUCUUGCCGGAGACGCAGAGGGGGCUGGUGGGUGAUGGAUCGAGGAGGGUGGAAGGGUGGGUUUAUCAGAGCUUUUGGAGUGUGUUUUACUUCAAGGAGAGGAAGGGGAAGAAAGGCACGGAAGCGGUGGUUGUUGGGGAGAAGAUGGAGAGGGAGGGGGAAGAGGAGAGGAAGUUUAGGUUUCCGAAUCCGCUGGCUUGUUUGCCGGUACUGGCGGAUAAGGGGUCGUUGGUGGUGAUUUUGAUUACGGCGAUCAACUAUGCUGUCAAGGCGGCACUGCAGACGAGUUUGGAUGCUCAGGCCACGGAAAUUUAUGGAUUGAGUUAUCUGCAGGCUGGACUGGUGUAUUUACCUAGUGGGGUUGGUGGUGGGUUUGGGAGCUUUUUUGCUGGAAGAUUUGUUGACUGGAAUUACAAGAGGACGGUCAAAAGAGGUGGAGAUGAAGAUUUCGACAAGAACUCUCCCGGCUUUCCUCUCGAAAAGACCAGAUUAGAGGGCGUCUACAUACUUCAUGCCAUCACUGUUUUGGGGAUCAUAGGAUAUGGUCUAGCGUUGAAGUUCAGGGCACACCUUGCCGUGACGCUUCUUAUGCAACUCUUGACCGGCACCUCAACCGCCGCAACAUUUGUGCUGUGUGGGACCCUCCUGACAGAUCUCAACAUGAACAGAUCUGCCACCGCCCAGGCAGCCAGUAAUCUGGUCAGAUGUCUCGGUGCGGGCGGUGCUGUGGCCGUCUUGCAGCCGAUGGUUGAACAUGUCGGGCCGGCGGCAUGUUUUGGCAUCUACGCUGGCAUUGUGUUUCUGUGUUUCCCGCUCGCUUGGCUCGUGCAGAGGUUUGGGGUCGCGUGGAGGGUGGCUAAUUCCGACAAGCAAGAGUAAGUAAAGGAAAUGGUUCCAAAAUUACCUAGAUAAUGCUUAGUUCGAGA